AGGAGGAGGAGGAGAAGAAGGAGAAGGAGGAGGAGGAGGAAUGUAUUAUACGUAUUGCGGUAUCUCAAAAAUCAAUCAUUCAUUAAUUCCCCCUUCUCUUCUUCCUCCUCCUCGCUCAUGCACACACGCACAGCUUAGCAUAGUGCCCCGGCAGGACAGCAUGGGUGACACACGUGCCGCGCGUCCCGCCUCCAGUCUCCCAGUACAAGCUUGUGUCCCCAGCACUGACGCACCCCUCACGCUGCUGAAAUGGGCCCCUCGCCCAACGUCUCCGGUCCUCAGGACAGCCAGCGAGGAGCAGGCAAGAAAUGGCACUGAGAAGGUUCAAGGGGGCGCUUCAGUGCUUAUACAAGCUGGCGAGGGUGUGGGUGGCACUGGGGCGCAAGAGCAGCAGGUAUCCCCAGCCAUCAUGAGCCUCGCCCAACAAAUGCUGCAGAUGCAAGCGCCUCUCGGUCCCCACCUGUGUGACUUUGUGGUGGGCGCUCCGAUGGGUGCAGUGCUGAGACCCACGCUGAAGCAGGUCAUAAUGAUACUCCUGAUCUCGCUGAGUUCUUUCGAGUUCGGCCUUGUCCUGUCCUGGCCCAAUGCCUUCUCCACCCAGCUUUCUUCCGACAACUCCACUCUACUCAACCAUCAGCUCCACUUCACACCCUGGGAAAUGGACAUGGUAGGCAGCUUAUCGUUUGCUGGCAAGACGACGUCAGUGUUCCUUGGUGGUUGGCUGACUGGGAGUUUUGGUCGCCGCUUGUCGAACAUCUACGGCUGUUUCCCGCUCAUUUUAGGCUGGUUCUUCAUCAUCUUCGCAUAUAAUAAUACCCUGAUCCUCGUCGGCAGUGGUGGCGAAGUGGAAAACCGGUUGUUUCCUGUGUUUUGCUUCAUUGGGAUCGCCUUCGCCAAUGCUGCCGGCAUGAGUUCCUUACCAUUACUGAUAGCGGUGGAGUAUUUCCCCACAAGCAUCAGGGCACAGGGGCUGAGCGUGUGUCUGUUAUGGCUGACUUUCAUAACCAUCGCCGCCCUUCAACUCUACAGCACAAUGGUGGAAGUGCUUACGCUGGCGGGACUCUACUGGCACUAUGCACUCUUCUCUGCUGCAGCGAUACUACAUGUCAUGUUCUUCAUUCGGGAAACCAAUCAGCAGGACAUUGGCUAAGAGAGAGAGAGAGAGAGAGAGAGAGUCUUACGUUCACUUAAUUUUCCUUUCACCACGGCAGCUUAUCAGUUUUAAGUCAAUGCAGUUAUUAGCCUCAAUAUGCAAUACGAGGAUGCUUUCUUAAAUUUGAUUAGCAACAGUCCUGAGUCCAGCACACGUCUUUACUGCAACACACACAUGCUUCUGGUGUUGCUGGAAGACUGCUGGGCCGCCGCUGACUCCAGGCAGCAUUCCGGAGUCCAGAACGAGUCCUCGUUCAUACGGGACAAGUAGGGAGGCAAGGCAAGUCUACAAAUUACUUGCUACAUGUUACUUGCCGUGUGCAAAUAUAAACUUGACAAACAAAACUGGCCAAGUCAAGUAAGAGGCAAGUUACCAGGCAAGCUCCCAGGCAAGCCAAGUGAAUAGGCAGCAGUUCUAAGACAACUUGCUUUAUCUCAGCCCACCAUGGCAAGCUACGUAAUUGUCUCUGACUUGGCUUGUGUGAACAUAAUACUUGCUCGCUUUCCUCUCCAGUUCAGUCGCAUAACAGGUGUUGUGUAAGUCAGUGUUCUUCAAUCUUCUUAAAUUCAAGCAUCAAUCUGUGAGCUUUUUAGAAAUUUAUGUACCCUGGGGCUAUAGGACGAUUAAUUAGAAAAGAUUUUACAUGAAGAUUUCAUGUUAUCUCUAGUUUUCAAAGAAGUAUUAUUUCUCCAUUUUAAACGCUAGGAAAUAGCUUCUCGUUCUUAAAUCUAUGUAGGUGCUGAAUAAAACAAAAUGCCACAUAUCAAAUUUAUGAGGCGCGAGUUACGUCGUGUACAUGAAUUUGUAAUAUUUUAAUCUCAAAUCAAAUAAACUUCCUGCAUGACA